AUGGCAGAUAGUUACGGAACUUUCCCGCCUAGAAAGACAAAAGCACUUAAAAUGGUUGGCCAGGAGACCCAGGAGAAUGGGGGUCUACAUUUACCAGCAUCCUUACCCCCAGAAGAAGCUCAAACUGCUAAGUCUAAGGUCAUCGACUUCCUGAAACAAAACGGCCUGGUGUUGGCAACACUUCUGGGUAUAGUCAUUGGUGCUGGACUAGGAUUCGGCCUACGGGACGCUAACUUGAACGACCAUGAACUCAUGUGGCUUGGUAUGCCGGGAGAGUUGUAUCUCAGAAGUUUGAAAGCGACGAUUGUCCCUCUUGUUAUCUGCAUGGUCAUAACCAGUGCAGCAUCUCUUGAUGCUAAGACAAAUGGGAAAGUUGCUCUUGCAGCCAUGGUGGGCUUUUUUCUCACGCAUGUUGCUGCCGUCAUCAUUGCUAUAGUAUUGUCCCAAGUCUUUAAGCCAGAUCGGAUAAAUUCAAGUGGCGCUGGUGACACACCACAGACUGCCAUAGAGACACAGGAUGUAUUUGCCGAUUUGUUUAGGAACAUCCUACCUGAUAACAUAGUUGCAGCAACUAUUAUGCAGACAGUGACACAGUAUGGUACGGAGACACAGACAGAAAUAACCAACAGUUCAACAAAUGCCACGACCACAGUGACAGUAACAACAAGGUCGGUUGGUACAACAAGUGGUAUCAAUAUUUUAGGUCUGAUCACCGUUUGCACGGCACUGGGAAUUGCCGCUGGGAAGAUAUUGAGUGCAGACAGCGAGUUCUUGAGAUUCUUCAGGCAGUCCCAGGAUGUGGUGUUUAUGGUUAUCAGAUGGCUGUUUUGGAGUACUCCAAUCGGCGUGGCCAGCCUCAUCGCAGAGUCGGUGGCAGAUGUCGAUGACAUUGGGAAUGUCUUUUAUAAUCUGGGAAUGCUCCUGGCAACGGUCAUCGUUGGGCUGACUAUCCACAUGUUCGUCUUGCUGCCCCUUGUUCUGUUUGUCUUGAUACGAAAGAACCCAUUUACGUUCCUCUUCCGGUGUGUUCGGCCAUUCUUCAUUGCUUUUGCGGCUACGGCAACGUCAGUCGCUCUCCCUGAUAUGCUGACCUCCUGCAGCCGAUGUGGUCUUAGUUCGAAGAUCAGUUCAUUUGUGAUACCCAUGUCUGUGACCUUGCAGGCCGACGGAAGUGCUCUUUACAUGGCCGCCAGUGCCUUGUUCAUCGCCACUACAGCUGGGCAGACGUUGAGCUUCGGUACAAUCUGCGUGGUUGGCAUCCUGACCUGCGUGCUGGCUCACGCCAUCCCUCCCGUGCCCAGCUCGUCUAUUGUAACACUCAUCAUCAUUCUGACGUCUGUCAACGUCUCCAUCAAAGGUGUGGCCCUCCUGUUUGCGGUUGAGUGGAUACUUGAUCGCUACAGAUCGGGAGUGAAUGCUGUCAGCCAUGUUAUGGUGGCAGCCUACACAGAUGCUAUAUGCUCUAAAAUCGGAAUGGCCGUCCAAGAUGACGUAAAAUGCAUCACAGACACACAGACCAUCAAUAUAGAACCCCCAGUAGAUAACAAAGCUGAAUCAAAAGCAUCUGCCUCUGUAUCGUAG